AUGCUAAGAUCAUUAGUAAUCCUAACGUUAGCCUUGACCGCUGUUUCGGCAGUCAAAAGUCCAGAAAUUUAUCCAAAAGCAAUCGACUGGUCCAUCGUACGCACCCUUCGAGAGACGGACAAAUUCCGUGCCCGUUUUGGGUUGGCCCCACUGAGUGAUGAUGAAAUCCGUCAGUCCCGUAUCUCCGGUGGCACCUUGGCGUCACCAACCGAUAUCCCAUGGGCAGUUGGAGUCUUGAUCCAUGGAGGCACCUCGGGACACAGUUUUUGUACAGGUACCCUGAUUUCAGCGCGUUUUGUCCUCACGGCUGCUAACUGCGUUCAGGGUGAAACCGACAUUGCUAUUGCUUUGAAUGCUGCCAACAUGGCCAGCAUCGGAACGUUGAUUGCCGUCUCUAGCGUAUUGAUUCACCCGAACUUCAGUUGGUUGUUGGGUCGUGAUGACCUUGCAAUUCUCACUUUGAGUAGAGAUGCGCCCAUCGAUGGAAGCACGAUCCAACCGGUGCUGAUGCCACGUCGCUCUGAUGCCAGCUUGUCCUUUAACAAUUGGGCAGCAACGACGGCCGGUUGGGGCAAUACUGGAAACCGUGACAAUGAACCCAUUCCGACACAGUUCCUUCAGUUUGCAACCGAUAGCGUCACUUCAAAUGUAUUGUGCCAACUUUCGUACGCUUGGGUCAGAAGCACACACAUCUGCGUAUCGACCGAUAAUGGUGGAGCUUGUAACGGCGAUGAAGGUGCUCCAGUCACGACCCGUGAAGCAAAUCGGAUAUUCCUGAUCGGUCUGCACUCAUUCCACUACAGUGGAAUCCGUGGAUGUGAUCGAGGACGUUCGACCGUUAAUACUCGGAUCACCGAAUAUCUGGACUGGAUUGAGCAGAAUAGUGACGUUGUGGUUCCGGCAUAA